CUUGUCAUUUGCUCACGAGAGUGAAGCUUUAAUUUUUUUACGUACUUUUUGUGGUACUUUUAUUUAAUAUUCUUUGCUAACAAUUUACUUUUAACAAUGCCCGCGGAAGCGAAAUUGGAAUCUAUGUUAUUGACCUAUGAAACCACAUACAGAGGUUCUUACACUGACGGCAGUCUCGAAAAGGCGAUGAGGAAUCGAAUGCCUGAUAAUAAGGUGGCAGGAUAUGUUAGGAAGCGACGUCCAAGACCACCCUUCGUUCCUCUUAAAGAUUUAGAAUCCCUAACUCCUUGGAAAGACGCUAAUGUGCCGUUUAAUUUAUAUCACAAACCGAAAGAGAUAUUGCAAACUAACCCUGCAAAUAUGCAGGAACGAUUUGAACAAUUUGUAGAUGAAGAGCGUGCCACUAUCCAAAAGACACGUCCAAAGGUACUACUGACUCCUGCCUAUCAUUUGGACUCCAUCCCAGAACCACGACGUCAGAUAAUAGUCGAGGAUAUGUACAAGUCCGACACAGCGCACGGUCUGGAGGACGCCCUGAAGGGAAUGACAGCCAACAAGUCCGUGAAGGCUCCGUUGCCAGGAGUGUACUCGAAGUGCAACCCGGUGAGGAAUGAGCUGCCGCCCCUGUUGCCGCCGUACGUGUCUCCGGAGUGGCGCCGCGACAGCGUGUACUGGGACAACAAGCAGCUCAGGACCUAUGCAGACCCAACCAAACAUUUCUGGCUCACUCGGGAACCACCCAACUGCUUAGCGUGCAACGCAACGGCUUUGCAUCGACGAUUGAACAAAAAAUACGUGUGACUUCAACAUAGCUUUAUUUUCAACCUUAAACGUAUAUCAACAUUAGUACUAGAUUACAUUGUGUUCAAAUUGUAUUUAGGUGCAGAUGUAACUUGGAAAAUUUUGAUAAAUAUUGAUACUUAACUGGAUUUGUCAACUGUCGCUUUGUCUGAGACUAAUCGUUAGGUCAUUCAGGCCUUAGAUUUUUUUUUUGUAAAUAUUAUCGUCUCAUAAAUGCACAUACUAACUUUGACUAUUGACUUUGACUUUGAAUGACUAAACGACAUUAAAUGAUAGUAUAUCGUUUGUUUGUUAAGUUUGUUCUUUACAUACAAAUUAAAAAAAAUAAGUACUUUAUAUGGAAAGUCACAUCUUGAUUGAUUUGGGACUCUAGAUUAAAGAGUUGUAUGAAAAAUCGUUGUUAUAAAAAGAAAUAUUACAGAAACAGUGUUGUCUUU